AUGAUGUACAAAUGUUCAUUCAAUGAUAUGCCAUGUUCAGUAAAUGAUUUCGUUCCAAAUACAUCAUUCAUCUACGGUGCCUGUUAUACAUUCAAUGCAGCAUUGACAAAUAAUAUCAAUCGAAGUAUAGUUUAUGCCAACGCAUAUGGUGGUGAUGGAAAGCUCUCUAUAAGUCCUUGCAUACAUAGUCAUCAAUAUGUACCUUCUCUAACGGAAGGAUUUGGUGCUGUGACUCUAGUUCACGAUAAUACACAAUUGCCAAGUAUUGAAUUAGCUAUACGUGAUGAUAAUACAUUUAUUUCACCAAUAGCUAUUGAAGCUGCAUUUCAUGCAUUAUCAUUUAGUAAUAAACAAUCGACAAAGAAUUCUAGUAAAAAACUUCCAGUUCCCUUUUAUAAUUAUUUUAUUCUUAAUCAAGAUUCAAUUAAAAACUUUCAUGAAAAUCUUAAUGAAGAAACAAUGAAAUAUUUUAAUACAGAAUUUCAAAUUCAUAAUUUAAGUGAUAUAGAACGAAGAAAAUCUCUUGUAAAUAAAAUUAUAAAACAUUUAACUGAUCAAUCAUUAAUAUCAAUUGUGCCAUCACAAAAAAUUCUUGAACAAAUUAUUGUUGAACCAAUGAGUUUAUUAUCAUGUUGUUCAUUUGUUUUUCGACCAUUUAAAACUGAACAUUGGGAACAACUUUGGUCACUAAAAUUCCAUUCAAAUAUUCAUUUAUCAAUUGAAACAGAAUUUUAUUUUACAAAAGGUUUUUUCCAUGUUGCUUUUCAUGAUACAUUUCAUAAAAUUGAAAUACCUGGUCAAAUCUUCGAUGGAAUUCAAAUGAAAUUAAUCAUUUUACUUCCACAAUGUUCAUCUGAUCUUAUUCAUCUUUAUGCUAAUAUUAAAGAAUAUCUUAAUCUACCAGUUUCAUCAGCAUAUAUUGCUGUAUGUAUACCAAAUAUAUCCAUGGAUAUUCAUAUUAAUCUUAUUGAAUCAUUGAAAUCUUUUAAUGAUUUAUAUAUUAAAGAUAAUUUAGGAGAAUUAAAUCAAGAAAUUCAUUUGUGUUUUUUAGCUGCUGCACAUUCUCUUGGUCAUUUUAUUCUUGAUAUGAGUACAGAUAAAAUACAACAAACAUCAUCAAAUUGUUUACAUUCGAUUGAUCUUUCACCAACAACUCCAUGGGUAUUUUUUGCUAAUCGUCCAUUUUUAUUUCUUAUUAAAUAUGAUGACUAUUAUUUAUUAAUUGGACAAAUGUUAGGUCCAAACAUGCGUCAAGAGACAAAGAAAUUUUUUUCAAAAAUAAAAUAUUAG